AUGCCUAUAGUCAUUCCCAACCAAGGUGAGGAUAGUCGACCAGUGCCCAAGCAGGUCCAGUGCUUGGAAAACGGAACCGACCUCUUCAAGAUGUUUGAGGUGGACAUGAACAAGUUUGACUCCUCACAGGUGCGAAAGUCUUAUCAUAAGAUGGCGACCUUCGUACACCCAGACAAACUUGGUCGAGAACCCACGGAUGCGGACCGUGCUCGUUUCACCAAACUGAAGCAGGCUUACACUGUUCUCAUGGACGAGCAGUUGCGUGCCGUGUCAAGUACUCAGCAAGGUACAGACAGCACUGCUUCGGCAUUGCUGGUUCUGGAGGGUGUGCUCCGCAAGGCCCUUUUCCAGAGUUCACAAGAGAGGUCAGUGGAAGACAUGUCGGUGAAGCCCAUCCGAGAGCAUGCGGGGAAGAGCCUUCUGGAGAAGUACUUGCCAGAGGUCUCCGGCGGCAAGCACAAGAUGGGGUGCGCAGGUGUUCUGGUGACUCCCGCGGUGCUGGACAGCACUGGGAGCCAGACCUGGGACAGCAUUCUGCAGGCGAACCCAUGGCUGAAGACGACUAACUUGGUGGCCAAGCCGGACCAGCUCAUCAAGCGCCGUGGCAAGGCAGGCCUGAUCGCUGUGAACAAAACCUUCGACGAGGCGAAGCAGUGGGUGAUGGAUCGUAUGUGCAAGGAGCAGCAAGUGGAGCACGUCACCGGGCAGUUGAACCACUUCUUGGUCGAGCCCUUCGUGCUCCACAAGCAGGAGCAGGAACACUACAUUUGCAUGCUGUCCCACCGUUAUCACGACGAGAUCCUCUUCUAUCACGAGGGCGGUGUUGAUGUGGGUGAUGUGGAUGCGAAGGCGGAGAAGUUGGAGCUUCCGUUUGGCGAAACGCUGACGGAGGCCAUCGU